AAGUUUCCUCCUCAGGUAGUUCUUGCCCGUGAAUUCCUUAGUUUGUGCUGGUGUCUGGUGUCUCCUCUCAGAGGAGAAGAAUAAAAAUACACAGUUUCCAGAGCCUUUGCAUGACUCUUGAGGAGUCUUAGACUAUGACUCCCUGUAAAAGCAGCUGUCUCCCAAGUGGCCCCUUGUGGCCUUGAGUGGCUCUCCAGUUCUCUGUCUUUAAGCUGUAUCUACACUGCACACUGCUGGCAGCAGCAAGUACUGUACACGUAGCUAUGUGCCCUAGUGAAAACCAGGCUGUGUCCAUGCUGCGGUGUGUAGCUACGCAUGUCAAUUUAAAGGUGCUGGCAGCGAGCCUUCCCGCACUUCCAGAGCCUUUCACUGUGGCAUGAAAAGGCUCCGGCAGCAGGACACAACACCGCUAAAACUAACAGUGUAGCUGAGGGAGGCACUGCUUGGGUAUGCAAAGAGCUGGGUAGGUACAUACUCCAGUGUUUGGACACUGCUGUUUAUACCUGUGCUAGAGGGGCAUGCAGUGUAUAUACUGGAUGUGCUGCCAUAUGGAGUGUGCACUGGAGACAGACCCUUAAUGUUCCUCUUCAGGGCUCCGCAGUAAACUACAUGCAGGCUUCUCUCUGUUCAGCCAUAGCUCCUUAGGGGCUGGGCUUAUUAACUUCAAAAUCCCCAAAUAGUCUAUGAAGUUCAGCUCAACUGGCUGCUUUUAGUAGGCCACUCCCAACCCUUCCUGGAGUGUUUUUGUCUUUUCCCCUGUAGCCUGCACCAGGCACCUCUUGCUCACUGCAGCUCUUACACUCUAUGCCGCUGUUUCUUGUUCCCCUCUCUUCAUAGAGACCAGCUGUCCUCUAUCAUGUGCCGCUGUGAGUUGCGAAAUGAGGCACUGGUGGGCUGAGCCAACUUCCUCCUAAGGCAUGUCUACGCUGCCCCUUCCCCGCCAAAAAAAACAUGGUAGCAAGCCUUAGAGCCGCCAGCAACUGACAUGAGCUCAUGCUACAGGGCUAAAAAGAGCAGUGUAGACGUGCCCACUCAGGCUGGAGCCCCCACUUUUGGGUUUCAGAGCUCGGGCAUCAGCGCAACUAGGAAUGUCUGUGACCAGCUAUUUUUAGCUCCCAGACAGCGGUGGCUGACCCAGGUUCUGAAACUUGCUGCAGUGGCUUUUUGUAUGCAGUGGCAGAUGUACCCUCACUGUCCACCCUGUGACUCUGAGUUAAGAGCCACACCAGGUUAGACUUCCCACACUUAGGGAAUGGCUUCUUCCCUCAUUGCCUUGAAAACCCCUCUUGUGCUGGUGAAGUGGCUGCUCUUGCUACCUUGGGAGCAACAGCGCAGAAUUUGCUGUGAAGUCCACUGACCAUCUUUGUGGAUUGGUUCUCUGCAGUAAGCAAGAAUUCGGCAGGUAUGGUCACGCAAGCAAAACCUCAGCUAAGGCUGCCUGAUAUAGCUGCAGUUAAGCAUAGACUGUAGUCGGGUGUCUCUUAUCACCAGCUUGCAGGACCUUUCGAGUUCACUCAGCCACACCUCUGGGUGAUAGGAGCAUAUUUGCAUUAUGAAAUUAUCAGCAAAAACACCCUUAUACCCUGUCAGCAACUCCUCAUGUUUACACAGUUGCAGGUAACCUGGUUCCAAUCCCUGUGUAGACAUGACCUUUGAGUCCUAGACUCAUUCUAGGCAGGGUAGCUCUUGGUGAAGCAGGGGCUUUGGAAAAACUUCAUUCUGGACAGCUGUGUUUUUUAUAGUAAAUGGUUAUUGUGAAACUUUGCUGUACACAUGUGCAGGGGAGCAAGAGUGAGGGCUGAAAUAGCCUGUCAGUGCUUUACCCUGCCCUGGGGAGGAGGAGUCUCCCUAAGGCACUUGCCCUUGAGAGGGUGUGACGCAUGCUGAGCUGACCGGGAAGGAGGAAGGCUUUCAAAGGUUCUGUGCACAAACCUUACCCAGAAGAGGAACAGCUGCAGGGGCAGCUUGGCUUCUUUUCAAACUUCAGAUAAUCCAAGGGGAGACGUAUUAAAAUGAAGAGCCCUAGGACUUUUGAGGAGCAAACAGAGUGCAUUGUGGAGGCACUUCUCUCUGAUCUCUUAGGGGAAGACGAAGGGUUUGCUCCCCGCAGUCUGGAGACAGACUCUUUUGCUGAGUCACACGCAGGUUGUACCCCCUUUCCCUGCUUUCAAUCUGCUGUCUUAAACCGUGAUCCCUCUGCAGGAGCAGAAGCUUCAAGUAGCUUUGAUUCGGUUAUUAUUGCCAGUCGUCUGCGGAGACUAGGAGACCAAUAUAACGAGGAUCUGGAGCAUCCUGCCCAGCGCAUCAUUGCUGAGGUGGCUAAGGGAAAGGUGGAAGAAUUUGGAGUCAUGGUGGAUUCUCUCAGCAAGAGUUGGAGCAGCCUGAAUCCUGAGCUGGGCUACGAGAGAGCUUUUCUGGCAGUGUCUGUGAAAUUGUUAGCAUACCUUUCCCGGAAAGUUCCAGCUGUGGCCCGUCGAAUCCAGCUUGUGGAGCUGAUUAAUGGGAACCGUGAAGUGAGAGGAUACAUUGAGACCCAUGGUGGCUGGGAGAACUUUGAAAACUGAUGGAAAAGGCUACUCUGCCUCCCAGGAAGUGAAAUGGCAGCUUUGAAUGACUUAAACUAUUAAACUGUUUUCUGAAAAUUGUUUGCCCAGCCAUCAGUCUUUCUACUUCCAUCUGCCCCGAAGAUCGAUCCAGUCACUAAUUGGGACACCUCAACACGUAGCUAUUCUUCCACACCAGAUGUUGCUCUCUUGUUCUUGCACUUAUUCAUUUAUUUACAAAUAAUUUGUAGGAUUGAUUUUGUUUCCCUCCAACACAGGCUGUAAAUGCAACUUUUAAGUGUGAGGACUGACAGUGACACUUUUGUUCUGCAAGCUUUUGUCCUACCCUGUAACCCCGAAGGGAGAGGGAGCCAGAGAUGGCUGCCUAGUAUCAUGCUGGGAAACAGAAAGCCAAGGAAUUGAGUCUGAGGAAGCUAAAAAGGAGGCAUUGUGAACAAGAAUGCUAUUUAUGGCAGAGCCCACAGAUGUGAGAACUGGUAGCACUGAACACUGUUGGCCAUCCUACUUCUCUAGCGCUCUAAAGAGUUAACAGAUUUCUACAGUUAGGGGAAUUGUCUUCCAUAGCUGGCCAUGCUCACUGAAAGCCCGUUCAAACCUCCUUCUGCUACCUCUGAGUUGGUAUUAACAGAGGCACUCACAUACAAUCCCUCAGGAGCUAUUGGUAUAUAUGCUCUGCAGUAAAAUCAGCUACACUAAGUCUGUGCCUUAGCCUGUGCCGCAUUACACUUGGGUUUGCUGGAGUGACUCCAUAAGGAUUCAAGGUUUUACAUGAUCCUGCAGUUUGCAGAGAGCUCUUUGGGAUGCUGCUGUUGAAUCAGCUCAUUAUAUGAGUAGCUCAGUGAAACAAGGCCUACAUACCAUAUAGGACUCUGUGGGAGAGCCAGCUCAACCUGGAAUGUCCCAUCCCAAAUCAUCACCAGGGUGGUCAUAGAGAGAUGGUUCCACCCCACCAGGGGUCCCCUCAGAAGCCAGCUGCUGCUACUCAAGGGAUCUAUAGGGAGUUGUUUGGAAUUCCUCUGUUAACCCACUUCCAUACUCGGCUCUGACACCUAUAUGAAAUCAGUGGGUCAGUGAUGUCUGGGCUGAAAGGCAGAUGAGCACAGUGGCCCAACUUAAUGUAUUUUUAAUAAGAUGAGCAAAUGAAUCUGUAUCUAUGCAAACUAUAUGAAUUUGAUUGCAUCCUUUCCCUCUCAUCUUGUCACUUGUCUCAUACUGUCAGUUGUUCAGGGGAGUGAUCACAUCUCCUAUUGUGUGCUUGUACAGUACCCAACACACAAGGCUCCAAUCCUCUUUUGGGGUCUCUAGGCAAUAGGGUAAUUAUUAAAUACUUAAUUCCAAUCUGGAUCUGGGUCUUGUGGGCCCCUUGGAGUGGAAAUCUGGCAGUGUAUGAGCUGGCUUGAGGGAAAGUAGUUGUGCUGCUAGUUGAUUUAAUUAGGGGAUUUGCCCUUACAGCCUCUCAAACGGAAGAUGUCAAUUUAAAAAUCAGGUUGCAAACUAGUCUCUCUCUCUGUUACUAACACACCCUAGAUCACUGGAAGGGAAAGAAUCUAAAAAUCCAGUUUGUCAUUCUUAUGCACUUAAUUUGCUAUCUGCAUUUCUCUCUACUUGGACAAUGGCAUCAGUUUCACUGGCAUACAGUUAGCUUCUAGGCCAGGGGCUUAAUGUGAGCAUGUUUGGGUUUCAAACUCUGCAGGUCAGUGUUUGUUUUAAAAUGGUUGUUUUCCCUUAGAAUUUUCACACACUUUUGUUGCUCUGCAGUUACAUGAAGGAUUGCUUUUACAAAAUUUAAAUUUGACAGAAACCUCUCUUUUGGGGAUAGAGAGGUUUGUUGCACUCAGAAAACCAGGCACGAGUUCUGCAGAAGUACUCUGAACUGGAUUUGUGACCAAAAUCCAAUAAUUAUGCCAUUUUGCUUGUUUUUUGCGAGUCUGUAACUAACUCUGAAAUCCCCCAAAGGCUUUGCUUUACUGGCUGUCUGUCCAGGGACACUCAAUCUGAGAUUUUCACUACUGGUACAGAAUCUUUUGAGUGUCUAGGAAGUUUAGGGGGGUUUUCUCCUCUCGUAUCUGGUUCCCAGUUUGAAGUCUUCUCCUUUCUGCCACUGUAGACUCACUCUGGGUGUUUGGGUCUUGUCAGCUGGAGAAGUUUCACUAGGAAGUUGUAUAAGGUGGAGUAGUUUGGCAUAGUGGAUUUUUUUUAAAAGGCUAAUGGAGUUGGAGUCCCUUGACCCUGUCUCCUAGCAGUGAUGUCUGGUGGAGCAGGACUAGGUACUCUGGCCUGGAUCUGGGGAAGCCUGGCUGGGAAGGGUGGGCCCUAAAUAUACACCCAGGCAUUAUCUCUGUCUAGGAACCUUAUGUAGGUUUCAGAUUAAUGUGAUGAAUGCACAAGCUAACUGAACCUGUUUUGUAUGCACAGCAUCUGUCAAAUGCAUUUUUAGAACAUAGAGUAUAGCUCACAUGCAAACGAGAGAAUUAUAAAUGUGACUGGAAACUGGAUUUUGCAUAUUGUCUUUGUUGCUAGAACAAUCUGUGUAUUCAGAGUUUAUCAAUACAUUGCUUCCUGUAUGCUGAAUGGUGUACAGAGAAGUGUGGUCUCUUGGGUGACCCAGUGUGCUGGAGGUAUCCAGAUGUUCUACUGAUAACAGGUCCAGAUGACUGCACCUUCCUGUGCCAGGGAGGAGUCAAUAUCGCAUUGCUGAUGAUGGCCUGGAAAUUAGAUGUCACCAAAGACCAUGCGAGUCUCUUUGACCUUCUCUUGAUGGGAUGAUGGAGGAUGCACUUCAAAGAUUCUGGAAAUGAAAUCUUAAAAAUAAAAUAUUUGUUUGUUUUAAUCUAAAACUAAAGGAUAUUUUCAUUGUAAUGUGCGUUCUGAUUGUGUUUGAACCCUGCACUCAAACCCACUCAGAGCAUCCCUGUAUGAAACCCAGCAAGUGGUCAAGUAAUCUAGAUGUUGCAUAGCCACCCGCCCUUGUAUACAGAAGAUCAGCAGGAUAAAUAUAGAUGCAUCAUCCUGGCACAUUAGGAGUUGAAUCUUGUAUAUUGGAAAAAUAAUUUUCCUAGAUUUCCCUGCAGGUUCCGGAUUUGAUUUAUGCUCAUGAUUAAUUUGGGCCUCUUAUAUAUUUCUUGAAUGGGCAUCUUUAUUAGUGAAUAAGGGUAUGGUUGGGUCAAGCUACAAGCAGGCAGCUCACUCUUAAAGAAGCAUGACAUUCUCAUUUAUCAAGGAUUUGGGACAAAUUUAUAAUCCAUGGAUACCUUUGAUUUUGUUAAUACAUGUUUACUGGUAGUUUUUUUUAUAAUUCAAAGUAUCCAUAUUUUAAUCAAAUAUCUCCAGGCUUAUGGUAUAUAAAAGGAGAGGAAACAAUUGGUAAGGUGUCAUGAUUAUGAUUUAUCAUAAGAGCAAAGUAUCAGGUUUUUGCUAGCAAAGAGCUGUAACUCACUACAGUAUUAGUCUUAGGACUCCACUUCUGUUGGUAUUUGAUUUUGUUUUUUAAACCUCAUGCCAAUACCACAUGAGAAAACAGUUCCACUGAUAUGAACAGAAAUGUAAAGCAAUUAAAAUUUUACACUUAAAAUUUUUUUUUUCAGAGAAUAAGUAUACAAUACGUUAAGACUUGGUGGGCCAAAGAUUUACUGCUUGGGAGUAAGUAUAUCGGAGCGCACAUUACUGGCAAUACCCAGAAGCGGUGUUCUAGGGAGAACUGCUAGCUUCCAGCAGUGCAGAAGCAGGGAAACUGCUUCUGUUCAGUAAAUAAGCUUUUUUCCUUGAUCAUGGGUUUAAAAAGCUUCAGUAGAAAUGGAAAUUGUCUUUAUAAAUAUUGUAAAAUAUUUACAGCAAAUAAAAUAAAAUAAAAUCAAAACCUA